UUCUUACUUCUUUGUGUUUUAACUUUCUUAACUUUUAUUUAUCCUUUAUAUUUGUACAAUAUUUUUGUAUAAAUGUACUUACUUUGGUUUUUUUAACAAGAGGAUAUUGAUGAUGGCAAUUUGCUGUUCCUGAAGUUACCGAACGCCAUUAUAGAAAGAAGCCAACAAUCUGAAGUAAAAUUGAUCGAAAACAGCGAAAUAUGGUAGAUUUAACAGUAUCCGUUAGCCCGAUAACAACCAAUAUGACAGUGGGUGCAAAGGAUUAUAAUGCCUCUUCUACCAUCGCUUUGGCAGAUCAACUGAAAUUGGAUAUCGUAGGUUUGUCUUUAGAGUAUUGCAAAAAAAUAGCUGAAGACGCGCUUAACAGUGAAAAAAAUGAAGAAAUAACGUACAACUUUUGCUGCAGACAAAACUUCGCUAUGCUUUACUAUUUUGAGAUCACCACCAGCACAAAGGCAUAUAACAAAGUCAAUGUCACAUGGAAAGCAGUUGAAGCAUCGGUAACGUUCCCUGCUCAGGGAAAAAUCUGUACAACCAAGGAGAAAGUGACACGUUUCUUAGGAAUCGUACUUGAUGUAUCGAGAAGUCAACAUAAGCAUUUGGAAAACAGGGGGCUGACAACAGAAGAGAUCGGGAUUAUUCAAGCAGAACUAACAAAGCAUGCCAAAUCUGCUGCCAACAGGAACACAACCAACUGACUUUAAAUGUUUAUAAAAUAUAGAUCUUUCCCAACAUUCUAUAAUAAAAAUUUGUACUCAUUCAAUUAUUCUUAAUAUGUUUCAUAAAUAUAUAUGCAUUAGUCAAUAAAGCCCAUGGAAAAAUCCACUGAGGUAGGAUAAAAAUGGAAAAGAAGCGUCAUUUAAAUUU